CCGUGAUCUGUUUCGGAUAUCGUUUGUUAUUUUCGUUCGAUGUCAACAAAAAACUGAGCAUGGCAGGUCUGGAAUUGCUCUCAGACCAAGGCUUUCGGAUUGAUGGACGAAAAUCGAACGAAUUACGAAGAAUUCAAUGUAGACUAGGAGUUUUCAGUCAAGCAGAUGGUUCAGCUUAUAUAGAACAGGGCAACACGAAAGUGUUGGCUGCUGUCUAUGGUCCUCAUGAGAUAAGAGGAAGCAAGUCGAAGGCACUUCAUGACAAAGUUCUUGUAAAUUGUCAGUAUAGUAUGGCCACAUUCAGCACUGGGGAGCGUAAAAGGCGUCCCCGUGGUGACCGCAAAUCAAAAGAAAUGACUAUGCACUUACAACAGACAUUUGAUGCAGCAAUACUAACAAACCUGUAUCCUAGAUCACAGAUUGACAUUUUUGUAGAGGUUUUACAAUCAGACGGUGGCAAUUACUGUGCAAGUGUAAACGCUGCCACACUGGCACUCAUCGACGCAGGAAUUCCACUGAGAGACUACGUAUGUGCUUGCUCAGCAAGUUUUGUAAACGAUAAACCAAUUGUAGACAUUAGUUACCUGGAAGAAGCUUCAGGUGGUGCGGAACUCAUCGUAGCUACACUACCAAAAUCUGAACAAAUUGUGUUUCUAGAAAUGAACGCAAGACUACAUGAGGAUAAUUUAAGUCCUGUGUUAGAUAUGGCUGUGAAAGGGUGUAAAGAUAUACAUGAUGUGUUAGACCAAGCUGUUAGGGAACAUGUAGGGGAAGUUGCUGCAACAUCGGGGCUAGAGUGAAAUAAAUGAAAA